AUGGAAGGGUAUUAUAAUAAUAUGUCUGUGAAAAUGUAAUAAACAAAAGAAAAAGUCAAAGAAAAGUAGCAGCAGAAGUUGUUGUUAAUGGUGGUCAUGAGUAGUGGGAUCAAGUUCGAGUCAUUUCUAUUCUUCUUCUUCUUCUUCUGUCAACAUUUUAAUACCCAGAAUUUCUUAAACCGAUUCAUAACUCACUAAUCUUGACCUUGUUGAGUGAGAAGAGUAAACGACUCCUUCUGCUAAUUUCUAAGAUAGAUCGAUUUUUUGAGGUAAACCUUUCAUUUUAUAAAGUUGUCUUCAAGUUUUGAUUCCUUGUUCACAGAAAUUCACUGAAGAUCUUGUUUUCUGAGUAAGAGUCUGAGCUUGAGAUCAAUCCAAGUAAAAAUAAAAUAAAAAUUGAUUGAAUAAAGGGGGGAGGCAUUAAUUUGAUAGUUUCUAGUGGUUCAGGUGAUUCAGAUAGUUUCUUUUUUCUUUUUUUUGUUUACUGAGAAAAAAGGGUUUUAAAUAGAGAGGUUAUUUUAAGAUUUCAGUGGAUUUAGUUUCCUAUUUUAGGGUUUCUAUAAGUGUUUCUUGCUGACAAGGCUUGAAUUUUAGAAUGGAGUAGAUUUAGGGUUAAGUGAAAGUGAGUACUGCAGGAGGGAUUUAAAGAAAUUGCAAAAUUUGGGGAUUUUUAGGUUCUCUUUAGAGCUCUAUUUUUGGCUAUGAAGGGGAACAUAUAGCAUAGUAAUUACAGAAAUUUUGCCAUGGAAGAUUUGUCCAAGUAUUGCCAUAGUUCUGUUCACUUUGCAGUGGCUCGCCGUGAUUAUGUCUCCCUUAAGAGAAUUGUCUCUUCGCUACCUCGUUUACCUAAGGCUGGUGAGGUUACUACUGAAGCUGAAUCUAUGGCAGCUGAGACCCAAGCAGAUCUUGUUUCAGCUUCUAUAGAUCGGCGUGAUGUUCCUGGCCGUGAGACUCCACUUCACCUUGCUGUUCGUCUUCGUGAUGCAAUUUCUGCAGAGAUUUUGAUGUGUGCUGGUGCUGAUUGGAGUUUACAAAAUGAAAAUGGUUGGAGUGCUCUUCAAGAAGCUGUUUGCACCCGUGAGGAUUCAAUUGCAAUGAUCAUUGCACGGCAUUAUCAGCCUCUUGCUUGGGAAAAAUGGUGUCGUCGUCUUCCACGAAUUGUGUCAUCUGCAGCUCGGAUUCGUGAUUUUUACAUGGAGAUAACCUUUCAUUUUGAGAGUUCUGUCAUUCCCUUUAUUGGUCGAAUUGCUCCAUCAGAUACAUACCGCAUCUGGAAACGUGGUUCUAAUCUACGUGCUGAUAUGACCCUUGCUGGUUUUGAUGGGUUCCGGAUUCAACGAUCAGAUCAAACAUUUCUCUUUCUUGGAGAAGGUUAUAGUUCAGAUGAUGGGAAUGUAUCCGUACCUCCUGGUUCUUUGAUUGUUCUUGCACACAAGGAAAAAGAAAUUACAAAUGCUCUAGAAGGAGCUGGGAAUCGGCCCACGGAAGCUGAGGUUGCUCAUGAGGUAGCUUUGAUGUCUCAGACUAACAUGUAUAGGCCUGGGAUUGAUGUUACACAAGCUGAGCUGAUUCCCCAUAUAAAUUGGCGCCGGCAGGAGAGGACCGAAAUGGUUGGGAGUUGGAAGGCGAAGGUUUAUGAUAUGCUUCAUGUGAUGGUGAGUGUAAAGUCAAGACGUGUCCCUGGUGCAAUGACCGAUGAAGAACUAUUUGCUGCAGAAAAUGAUGAGAGGACAGUGGGUGGUGCUGAUAAUGAUGAGUUUGAUGAUGUAUUAACAGCUGAAGAAAGGAAACAAUUAGAUUCUGCACUCAGGAUGGGUGGUAAUUCUGAUGGUUUGGGUGAGGAUGAGGAGCAUGGGGCUUGUGAGGCUCAGGAAAAUGGUGCUGGAGGUUCAAAUGAAAAUUGUGAACCCAAUAGCUUUACUAAGGAGAAGAAGAGUUGGUUUGACUGGAAAAAGAAGGGUUCAAAGCAUGGGGUUGACGACCCUGAGGACUCCAAGAUUCUGAAGAAGUUCUCCAAACUGGCCCCAGAGGAAGGCGACCAGAAAAGGCUUGACUAUCAGAGGUCAUCGUCUGAUUUGCACAAAGAUGAUUCUGGGGAUGUUAAGAAGGGGAAAGAGAAAACAAGUAAAAAGAAAAAAAAGAGCGGUGCCACAGGCGAGUCUAAGAGUGAGAGCGAGUACAAAAAAGGUUUGAGACCGGUUUUAUGGUUGACGCCUGACUUUCCUCUAAAAACAGAAGAGCUCUUGCCAUUACUCGACAUCUUAGCAAACAAGGUUAAGGCUGUCAGGAGACUCAGAGAGCUUUUGACCACCAAGCUACCACACGGCACAUUCCCUGUCAAGAUUGCUAUUCCUAUAGUUCCAACUAUUAGGGUCAUUGUAACUUUCACAAAAUUUGAAGAGCUUCAACCAGUGGAGGAGUUCUCUACACCCAUGUCAAGUCCAAAUUUCCAGGAUGCCAGAGCCAAAGACUCAGAGGGAUCAACUUCAUGGAUUUCUUGGAUGAAGGGAGGCCGUGGUGGGCACUCUAGUGACAAUGAAAGCAGGUGCCAUAAGGAAGAGGUUGAUCCUUUUCACAUACCAUCUGACUACACGUGGGUUGAUGCCAAUGAGAAAAAGCGUCGGAUGAAGGCCAAGAAGGCUAGGAGCAAAAAGGGUAAGAGACAGUUGUCUGCUAAAAGCACCGAGGGCAGCCAAUAUGUGAGUGAUGAUGUUGGAACGUUAGGGUAGGAUUUCAAUUUGUGCUUUACCUUUUUAGAGAUACAGGAUCCCGGAUGAGGAAGAGUUGCAAGGCUCGCUCAUCUGUAAGUUCUGAUUCAUGGACAUCCUUGGAAGAUGCGGCGGAAGGAUAAAGUUAGAUAAUUGUUGGGUGCGACUUAAUUAGGAAGAUCCUCAUCUUUCUCUUCUUUGUACUACUGUGUUAUAUGUGAUGUGUUGUGAAAUAGAGAGGAAUAUUAUUUUUCCUCUUUCAUUUUUUAUCCAUAGGAGGUUCUGAUAUUUCCUUGAACUGAUGUAUCUGUGUAAUCUGUGUCGAUUAGCUACGGUUAUGUCCUGCAAUCUGGAUUAUUUUUUGUUUCUUUUUGUCGCAGGCAUAUUUGAAAAAUCAACUGUUAACAAGAGUUCAAAUAAAAGCUGUAUGGCUACGUUUUUCA